AGCUGCAAUUGCGCAUCGGUGAUUUGCGGCAAAGUCCACAAAAUUCAGCACAUUAGAUCUCAAGAACGGGCGCAGCAAACUCAGCAAGUACAAGCCAGCCAACUGCACUGGGCUAACUACACAACAACUCCGACUACAGAAACUGCUAGACAACCAGGAUAUGAUAGAGUUGUGAAACCAUCCGACAAAGCGACCACAAGUUGUAAUGCGGCCUACAAUACUUGUCCAUCAAUGAUGCAAGGAGCCGAAAUGUCAAGUACACUGAAAUCAUUUUCAACAGUGGGAUCAUACCUAACUUCUGGUAACGACGGAUCAUCAUUCCACGUUCAAAAAAAUAAGAGGACACAAACCAAAUCACAAGUACAUAGAUCUGUAUCUGAUGCCAGGAGUGAUCAAAAUGACAAAAAAGACCAUACUGAUAGCGAACCAGCAACUAACGAGUCGGAGCCAAAGCAGAUUAAUUUGGUACCACAUCCAGAACCUACUGAAGAUCAAACUGCUAGAGAAAGCAAACCGCAAUUACGAGAUAGCGAAAUUAAAAGUGAAGACACAAAAAAUAACGGCGACGUUGAAUCGACGGUGAACAACCGAAAGAGAGCUAAACCUUUGUACAGAGAAUCUUUGCAGACAAGUGAUACAAGAAAUUAA